AUGGCCAAGCAAGACACCAUUGUUAUUAUAGGCGCCGGUAUCAUCGGCCUCGACGUCGCCUUUGUGCUCGCAGAGCGUGGUCUCGGCUCACAGAUCACCAUUGUGGCUGAGUACAUGCCUGGUGACACUGCGACUAAUUACACGUCGCCAUGGGCCGGCUGUAAUUUCUCAGCCAUCUCGGGCACGGAUGCCAAUGCGUUGAAGUGGGAUAAACUAGGCUAUGCGCAUCUCAUGCGCUUAGCGACUGAGUGCCCGGCUGAGUCGUAUGUUGAGCGGACGCCUUCGGUCGAAUAUUGGCAGGAGACUGUUCCUCAUGAGAAGAUCAAACACAUGGCGGACUACCUCGAAGACUUCAAGGUCCUCCCCUCCAAUGAGUUGCCCGAGGGCGUAAAAGCUGGCAUCACAUUCACAGCGGUCACCAUCAACGCCCCAAAGCACUGCGAAUAUCUCCAAAAACGGCUCGAGGAUUUAGGUGUCAAGUUCUUCCGCCAAAGGCUACCCAAUCUUGCAGCUGGCUUCAUCAGCCCCUCAACAAGGCUAAUCUUCAAUUGCACAGGCCUCGCAGCAAAGACGCUUCCGGGCGUCAAAGACGAGAAAGUCUUUCCUACCCGUGGACAGGUUGUUCUCGUCCGUGCGCCAACCGUGAAGCAAAUCAGCAUGCUUCAUGGCAACGGCUUCGAGACCUACAUUAUUCCGAGGCCGGGUUCGAAUGGCAAUGUGAUCCUUGGAGGGUACAUGCAAAAGGGUGUCGGCGAUGGCUCAACCUAUUCCUACGAGACAAAAUCCAUUCUAGAACGUACAAUCCAUCUCGAUACUAAGCUGCAAAACCCAGAGACGGAGGUCCUGGCUGCUUUCGCUGGCAUGAGGCCUUCGAGGACGGGCGGCGCGCGCAUCGAGGGAGAUUCGAUCACAGUGAAGGGUCAGAAGAAGCCGCUUGUUCACAAUUAUGGUGCGGGUGGCACUGGGUACCAAGCAGGCUACGGAUCUCGCAAGAGAGCCGAUACCAUCCCUGAGAAGCACGCACUUAUCCCCAACAUGAACGCACAGCUUGGAGACCCGGAUGAUGAAAACGAGCAGCUUCUUCGAACAAUCCUCGAGGAAUCACGUUCAGCCAAUGCUUUUGAUGCCGGCUUCCAUUCUCGCAUCGCAGACCACCUGAACGAAGCCGGCGCUCACGCUCUCUCCCGCGGCUGGAAGGAGCGUUUCGCUGAGCACAUCCUACGAGGAGUUGAGUGCAUCGUUGAGACUGAGCGCAAGAUGGGCAUCGCGAUGGGUCGCGCCUACGACAAGGCUCACAUCACCUACAAGGACUUUGCAAAGGAACACCCGGUAUGGGACGGCAUGAUCAAGACUGGCCUCACGAUCAUCGCAAUUGGCAUUCUCGCGGAGAUGCUGCCCUGGGCUCUGGAGUGGCUCGGCUUCAGGCUCCUCACUUCUGCCGGGUUCUCCGAUGUUGGACCAGUCAUGGGGUCUUUCGCUGCUCGUUGGAUGUCGAUGAUUGCCAAGAGAUGCGGCAACGUUCCCGCGGGCUCCAUGUACUCGUAUCUGCAGCGAUUGGGAAUGGUCUGGAGGUACAAGCCCAUUGUUAAGGUUUAG